AUGUCGGACGACGGCAACAGAGCGCCUCCCCAGGGCGGCGUCAUCGAGGGCGCCAAUCCCUCCGAGUACAACCCCAAUGAUCCCAUUGUCAUCUUCAUCAUCCAGGCCGGCAUGAUCCUCAUCGUCUGCCACGCCCUCCACUGGCCCCUCGCCAAAAUCCGCCAGCCUCGCGUCAUUGCAGAAGUUAUAGGCGGCAUCGUCUUGGGCCCUUCCGUCAUGGGUCGUAUACCAGGCUUCCGCGAUGCCAUCUUUCCCUCCGAAUCCAUUCCGAACCUCACAUUGGUCGCCAACGUUGGUCUCGUCCUGUAUCUCUUCAUCAUCGGCAUGGAGACGGACGUCGGUUUCCUGCUGAGCAACUGGCGCAUCGCCACCUCCGUCUCUGUCGCUGGUCUCGCCUUUCCCUUCGGCAUGGGAUGUGCCUUGGCUUGGGGCAUCUACAACCAGUUCUCGGACGAUCCCGGUAUCCUGCACAUUGACUUCCCUAUUUACAUGCUGUUCGUUGGUGUUGCCAUUGCCAUCACGGCUUUCCCUGUACUCUGCCGUAUCUUGACCGAGCUCAAGCUUCUCGACACCUCGGUUGGUGUCAUUACGCUUGCGGCUGGUGUCGCAAACGAUGUCGUUGGCUGGAUCCUGCUCGCCCUCUGCGUCGCCCUCGCCAACGCCGGUAGUGGACUCACGGCAGUAUGGAUUCUGUUGUCUUGCGCCGGCUUCAUGCUCUUCCUCAUGUACGCUGUCAAGCCAGCCCUCUUGUGGCUCCUGCGCAAGACCGGUAAUAUUGAGGAUGGACCCUCUCAGAGCAUGAUCUCCCUGAUUCUGCUCAUUGCUCUCGCCUCGGCAUUCUUCACGGCUAUCAUCGGCGUACACGCCAUUUUCGGCGGUUUCAUGGUCGGCCUGAUCUUGCCCCGUGAGAACAGCUUCAACAUCAAGGUCACCGAAAAGCUCGAGGAUCUGAUUGGCGCCCUCUUCCUGCCGCUCUACUUCACCCUGUCUGGUCUCAAGACGGACAUUGGUCUCCUCGACAGCGGCAUCGCCUGGGGCUACGUCGCCGCCGUCACUUUGACGGCCUUCUUCGCCAAGGUCAUGAGUGCUACCGUCGCUGCCCGCCUCAACGGCCUCGUGUGGCGCGAGUCGUUCACGAUUGGUACCCUCAUGAGCUGCAAGGGCCUGGUCGAGCUCAUCGUCUUGAACAUUGGUCUGCAGGCUAGGAUUCUCAGCACCAGGACGUUCACCAUUUUCGUCGUCAUGGCCCUGCUCACGACCUUUGCGACGACGCCCAUCGUCUCCUUCCUCUACCCACCUUCGUAUCAGAAGAAGCUUGCCGCGUGGAAGCGUGGCGAGAUUGACUGGGAUACGGGCGCGCCUCUGGGUUCGGCUGCAUCAGGCUCGGACAGUGCCACGGUCAAGCCUGCGACGACUCGUGUCCGUCGCGUGCUCGUCUACCUUCGCCUGGACAACAUGCCUUCCAUGCUCAACCUCGUGUCUCUCUUUGGCAAGCCCGCACUCCUUGGCCAGCAGACGGCAGCUGACGAAAAGACGGUGGCCUCGUCCGAGGCACAUGCCAUUCAGCCGGCUGUCAAGGCCCACGGUCUACGUCUCAUGGCUCUGACGGAUCGUGACUCCUCUGUCAUGACUGUCUCGCAGGUCUAUGAGUACAGCCGUAAUGACUCUGUCGUCAACAUUUUCCGCACUGUCGGCCAAUUCCUCAAGAUUGCCGUCUCCGGUGAGGUGGCCGUCAUGCCCGAGACUCGAUUUACCGAGGCUCUGCUCGCCAAGUCGUCCGACAUUUCGUCCGACCUUCUCCUGGUACCCUGGAGCGAGACGGGCAGCUUGACCGACUCGCAAUUUGCCACGUCGGAGAGCAAGCUGACAUCAACUACGUACAUCAACUUUGUCAAGUCGAUAUUCGCGUCGACGCAACACAAUAUUGCCAUUUUCUUCCCUCAAGGAAACAGCACGCAGCCUACAGCCGAGCCAAAGCAGGAACGCUCCAAGCUUAUGCGAGCCUACUCAUUCAGCGACCUUCACGAUGACAUACCCGCCAUUCCCGUCACCAAUCGAUCUCACCACAUCUUCUUCCCCUACCUUGGAGGCCACGAUGACGACUUUGCCCUGAUGCUAGUUCUCCAACUCUGCGAGAAGCAGGACGCCACCGCCACUAUCAUUCACGUCUCUGCCGACUCGGCUCAUGCCAGCGACGACGAUGUGCCGUCGUUCAUCUCGACCAAUGCGGACAGGUCGGUCGCAGCACGCAUCAAGUACGAGGCGGUCACGGCAGCGAACCCUGCCGAAGUGGUGCUCAGCCGCGCGAAGGAGGAGAUUCGUGUCGAUACCAGGGAAGUGACCUGGCAGAACCUGGUUGUCCUCGGCCGCCGCGCCGAGAAGUACGUCGGCGACGAGGUCAAGGACUGCCUCGGCGCUGCCGCGGCCAACUUGAUCGCCAAGAAUAUCAAGGCUGAUCUUUUGGUUGUCCAGGCCAAGGCCUCGGGAGUUUGA